CCGCUUCCCCUCUGCCCGGGAAGAGGCGGGCGCAGCUGCGGCCAUGCAGGUCUCCAGCCUCAACGAGGUGAAGAUCUACAGCCUGAGCGCCGGCAGGAGCCUCCCGGAGUGGCUCUCUGACAGGAAGAAAAGAGCUUUACAGAAGAAAGAUGUGGAUAUCCGUAGAAGAAUUGAACUUAUUCAAGACUUUGAAAUGCCCACAGUUAGCACAAAGAUUAAGGUAUCAAGAGAUGGACAGUAUAUUAUGGCAGUUGGAACUUACAAGCCCAGGGUCCGCUGUUUUGAUACCUAUCAGUUAUCCCAGAAAUUUGAAAGGUGCUUAGAUUCUGAAGUGAUUACGUUUGAGAUUUUAUCAGAUGAUUACUCAAAGAUUGUCUUCUUGCAGUGUGGCAGAUUUGUGGAGUUUCAUUCACAACAUGGCCAUUACUACAAGACAAGAAUACCAAAAUUUGGUAGAGAUUUCUCUUACCACUACCCAUCAUGUGACCUGUAUUUUGUAGGAGCAAGUUCUGAAGUGUACAGGCUAAAUCUGGAGCAAGGAAGAUUUCUGAACUCCCUGCAAACUGAAGCUUCAGAGAGUAAUGUCUGUGAUAUAAAUCCUGUACACUUCUUGUUUGCGAUGGGGACAGCUGAGGGUAAAGUGGAAUGCUGGGAUCCUAGAACUAGAAAUCGAGUUGGGCUGUUGGACUGUGCUUUAAGCAGUGUGACAGCAGACACAGAAAUAGAAGGUUUGCCAUCCAUUUCAGCACUGAAAUUUGAUGGGGCUUUGAAUAUGGCUGUUGGAACAUCUACUGGGCAGGUCCUAUUGUAUGAUCUCCGGUCUAGUAAUCCAUUAAUAGUCAAAGAUCACCACUAUGGCCUGCCUAUUAAAUCAAUUCAGUUUCACCAUCAGUUGGAUUUAAUUAUCUCUGCAGAUUCUCGAAUCAUAAAAAUGUGGAACAGAGAUACAGGAAAGAUAUUUACUUCAAUGGAGCCAGAAUAUGAUAUAAAUGAUGUCUGCCUUUAUCCAAAUUCAGGAAUGCUAAUGACUGCCAAUGAAGCCCCUAAAAUGAAUAUCUAUUAUAUACCAGUUUUAGGACCUGCCCCAAAAUGGUGUUCCUUCUUGGACAACUUGACUGAAGAACUGGAAGAGAAUCCAGAAAGCACUGUUUAUGAUGAUUACAAAUUUGUUACCAGAAAAGACCUUGAAAAUUUAGGCCUUGCUCAUCUCAUUGGAUCAUCAUUGCUCAGAGCAUAUAUGCAUGGCUUCUUCAUGGACAUAAGACUUUAUCAUAAGGCAAAAAUGAUGGCUAACCCCUUUGCCUAUGAAGAAUAUAGAAGAGAGAAAAUAAGGCAGAAGAUAGAAGAAACACGUGCACAGAGAGUUCAACUGAAGAAACUCCCAAAAGUUAAUAAAGAACUUGCACUCAAACUAAUUGAAGAAGAAGGAGAAGAGCAACAGUUCAGUAAAAAAAGAAAACAAAAGAAUCUGCCCAGCCUCCUCAAAGAUGAUCGUUUUAAGGUCAUGUUUGAGAAUCCAGAUUUCCAGGUGGAUGAGCAGAGUGAAGAAUUUAGGCUACUUAACCCACUUGUUUCUAAAAUAAGUGAGAAAAGAAAGAGGAAGCUAAAGAUCUUAGAACAACUGGAAGCACAGGGAGAGGAAGAAGAGGAAGAACCAGAAGGAAAAGCAAGUGAUGCAGAAAGUUCUGAGAGUUCAGAUGAUGAAAAAGGCUGGGUUGAAGAGGUCAGGAAACAGCGCAAGCUUUUACGCCAAGAGGAAAAACUAAAGCGGCAGGAAAGGCUCAAGGAGGAUCAGCAAACAUUACUGAAACCUCAGUUUUUUGAGAUUAAAGAAGGAGAGGAAUUCAGAAGCUUCAAAGACUCUGCCAAAAAACAGAAAUUAAUGAAGAAAACUCUUGAAGAUCGUUUAAAGCUUGAAGAAAAACUUGGCACGCUCAAUGUGUCUGAUACCACAGUAGGCAGCAAACAGGCAACAUUCAAAUUAAAGAAGUCAGAACAGCAAAGGAAACAGCAGGAAGCUGAGAGACGACAUCGUCAAGAGAGGAAAACUCUUCGGCGCUCUGCCAGUCAUCUCAAGAGCAGACGUGGAAGAGGACGACUAUUUCACUGAUUUCUGUUCUUUUUUUAAGAAAUUUUAACCUCAUUUUUCAUUUGAAAAAGGGGAUUUUUCAGAUUGGGACACAGUACCAAUGGAUUUGUAUUUAUUGGUGAACACAAAACCAGAACUUCCUAAACCUUGUGUUAAUUAAUGAAAAGUUUGUGAAAGUACUGACCAAAGGACACUAUAAAUAUGGUCCAUUGUGAACUGUAUUUAUUCAGAAAUCACCAGCAACUGGUUAUUGUGUAACCCUGGAUGUUUUCUAUAUAAGAAUUUAUGUAUACAA